UAUCCUGUCUGACCUCAUCUCAUUUAAUCUACUCUUAUCCUGUUUUAUAUUAUCUUGUCUUAGUUAUCUGAUCUUAUCUUAUCCAGAAUAAGAAAAGUCUCUACAUUUCUCUCUUGCAGAUGUCAGUUUAUGGCCUAGUGGAGACAGAGUGGCUUGUUUUAAACAUGAAGGGUCUGGAACAUUUGUCCAUACGGGACAAAGUGAGGAUUAUGUCUGCACUCUGCUCUGCACUGCUCCAUGUGUAGCACCGUUUGCAGUUUACCUAACAUGACUGCAGAAACACAGUGUGCCCGGCUGAGUGCAGUGAGGUGUGGAGGCAGACGCCAGUCUGAUGGGCCGGGGUGAUGAUGACUGGGAGGCGCCUGCCCUCUCAUUUACCCCCCGUUUCCUCCACACCUCUUUGUUUACACCUACAGGCCGAUCAAGUCCCGACAGACGGAGGAGCAGCUCCUCAGACCUCCCUCUUGUCUCUGCGGAUCAACCAACAUGAGUGUCUUGCUGCUCAGCCUCGUUGUGCUCUGUGGAGCCUCUGACACCGUGGUUCCAGUCCAGCUGGGGCCGCCGUCUCUCGGCUUCAGCUCGUCGGUGCGCUCGGUGUGUAAACCCAUCCCCAGCACCCUGUCUCUGUGCCACGGGAUCGGCUACAGGCACAUGCGGGUCCCCAACCUGCUGGGCCACGACUCGCUGCGGGAGGCCCAGCAGCAGUCGGCGGCCUGGCUGCCGCUCGUCUCCAAGCUGUGCCACAAGGACACCAAGAAGUUCCUGUGCUCGCUGUUCGCCCCGGUGUGUCUGCCGGAGCUCUCCGGGCCCGUCAGCCCCUGCAGGAGCCUGUGCGAGGCCGUGCGUGACGGCUGCGUGCCCGUGAUGAGCGCGUUCGGGUUCCCGUGGCCCGAGAUGUUCAACUGCAGCCGGUUCCCGCGCGCGACCGAGCUGUGUAUCCCGGCAACCGGAGAGCGCGAGGGGCGGACCGAGGAGGAGGUGAAGCACGAGGAGGCGCUGAAAGGGAGUGUUAUCUGUGACGCCUGUAGUCUGGCUGCUGAAGGAGAAACAGACAUCCAGGAAAACUUCUGCCACAGUCCAUUUGCGUUUAAGAUGCGUCUGGGCAGUGUGUCGACGGUGGGAGGGGACCGUCAGCUGGUGCCGACGGCCCGCAGCCGCAUCCUGAGGUGGGCAGGGGGAGGAGCGGAGAGGGCAGAAGGGGUCGGAGGUGCCAUGGCACACAAUGCUUUGUGGUUGCAAGAAGGAGGCACCUGUACGUGUCCUGGCUUAGAUUCUGCAGGAACAAACCAAGACCAGCAGGUAGAAGAGGAACAGAUGGAUAAAGGACAAGCUAAAGGAGGGAAGGAAGGUGGAUGGUACCUGGCCCUGUCUCAGGCUGAGGAGGGAAGGCUGGUGCUGACUCGGCUGGUGAGGUGGACCAAAGGGGACAAGGAGUUGAAGAAGUUUAUCAGAGCUCUCCUCAAACAGUCCUGUCCUGAGCUGUAGAGUCAGUUCCGCACCAAAUCUGUCAUAUUCGUUUAGACUACUUUAAAACCAUUAAAGAUGCAUUUAAUCUGUGGAUUACUGACUGAAUCCAUAUUAUCUCAGAUACACAUUGAAUAUUAAAGGUUUCUAGACAUAUUUGUUACCGGAAAAAAAACACCUGAUGAAACCACAGUUAGGUCCACUAGAUCCAGAUUUUUAUUUGGAUCUGCAUCAAAUUAUACUCACUCAUCAAUGUCUGUCUCCCUUCAAUCAGAAUUUAAAAGGUUCCUUUUUUGGCCCAUGUCCCAUUUUCAUGUUGAAAUUUUUCUUUUCUUAAUCCUGCUGAAAUGAAACAAACUAUACCUCCUUGGCAGAGGCUAUAGUUCCUAAAUAACAUAACUUAAGAACAGGUUUAUAGAAAACAUGUAAAUAAAACAGUGUUGAAAGUUCGUAGACAUCCGUAAAUGUGCAUACAGGCUACUUUCUUGAUGAAUUGUUAUUAUGCUACGAGUCACAUAAUCAACUAGAAUGGCACUCAGUAGAGAGCAACCCUCUGCAGAGGCCCAACAGUCCCCUUAAAUUCUAAAAUGUGUGUAUUUUUUCUUGUAUUUUUGUGUAAAUUUGUGUAUAUAGAAGAGACCAAAGGGUUUUGGUACAAGACAGAUCUCAUUACGUUUUCUAUUCAUCAUACACAAGGUGUAGCAGUGUAACUGCUACUUCUGUAAUGUUAAAAUAGUUUUUUUUACACUGUACUACCUAUACUAUCACAACAAUGUAAUAAUUUUAUACUCAAGUAUGUUUUGACUCUUAUUUUAUAAUUUGUUUCACUGCAGCAGAAAGACAAAUGGGGUUUUAUCAUGUUGGGAUGCUUUAAACUCAGGUCACAAUAUGAGAAGCACUGAAAAUACAGGCAGGACAGUGUGAUGGGAACAAUAAAUCAUUUAAAUUUG